AUGGGAAUCCACCAUGAAGGCUCACACGGACGCGUCUUCCGUGGCCUUGACGCCAACAACCACGAACACAAGCGCGACAGCCAUGGCGACUUCAUCAAGUGGAACGUGCCUGACCAUGUGAAGGCCGCCGCUCGCCCAGCUGACGCCGGCACGCUCGACCUCGCACAGAAGGAGGUUGCUCAGAAGGAUGUCGCUAGUGUCGCGACCUUGACAUCGGUCGUCUACGAGACGCUCUCGGCCGAUUUCGAUGGCCCGAUCGCCGGAUACACCACCCUCGCCCCAGUUGCUCCUUCUACCACUGCUGCAGCUGCCAGCCUCACCAACUCCAACGAGGCCGCUUAUGCAUCUGCUAAAGCUGCCGCAUCUGCUGGUGUUUCCAGCGGCUCAGCCUCCGCGACCAUCACGCAGUUCUCCACUGCAACUCUCGUCCCAACCAGCAGUCAGGCCACCACGGCCGUGUCUACCGACGAUGAUGGCAGCGGCAACAAGUCUCGCUUCUUGAAUGCACCCCCAAGCGCCGUUAUUUCUACAUCAGUCGGUGCUGCUGCUCUUGCUGGCACACCCCUCGCCGCUACUCACACUGGCGCCGGCGUCAUUGCUGGCACUCCCAUCUCCGCUACCCACAACGGUGACAGCUCGAACGCUGGCAUGACUGGCGGCGCCAAAGCUGGCCUCGCCUUCAGUAUUAUCCUUGGUCUCGCUCUUUUCGGCGGCCUCAUCUUCUUCUGUCUGCGCCGACGCAAGAACCGUGAGGCCCACCAGGAGAUCACCAACGAGAAGCGCGUUAGUAACAGCAGCUCCUUCUUCGGUGGCAAUGCCAUGUCGGAGAAGCGUGCUUCUGCCUCUAGCACCCGUUCUGCUCCAUCUGCCGCCACUGCCCCACGUCUCAGCCUUCGCCCGGUCACUCAAUUCCUGCCUAACCUUGGUAGCAAGAACACUGCUGGUGACCAUCUCGGUGACUCCGCCGCCAUGUUCGAGAAGCCCAAGAGCAUGUGGGAGCGCCGUUCCCAAAAUGCGCAGAACCCCUUCGAUGACAACAACAGCAUGUCCGAGAAGCGCCCCGAGUCUCCUCCAACCAACCCAUUCGAGGAGCCAGAAGGUGAAAAAUCUGCCCACGUCCAGAGCGACUCCGUCUCCGAGCUUGGUACCGCAGCGGCUGUCGCUGUUGCUGGUGGCGCUGCAUCUCCUCCUGCCCAGAACAACGUUCACCGCGUGCAACUCGACUUCAAGCCAAGCAUGGAAGAUGAGCUUGAGCUGAAGUCUGGUCAGCUCGUUCGCAUGCUCCAUGCUUACGAUGAUGGCUGGGCUCUCUGUGUCCGCAUGGACCGCUCCCAACAGGGUGUCGUGCCACGCACCUGCCUCUCCAAGCUCCCUGUCAAGCCACGCCCACAAGGCCCACCUCAGGGCUCCAACGGCCACCCAAUCACUCCUCUCAGCGGCCAGGGCAUGGCUCCCCGCCCACUCACCCCCAACAGCCCUGAGCGCUCCGGCAGCAAUGCCGACGCCUCCGCCGCUGUCCCAGCUCGCAAGCCAGUCCCCGGCCAAGCGAUGUAA